UGGUAUUUCUUUGAUUGUCAAGUAGUGUGAUCCAUUCAUCUACGGAGUACUCUGUAGCUACCAGGGGUAUCAAACCUCCUAUCUACGGAGUAGACACAAUGAAAGCAAUCAUACAACACUUCAGGGACAUAUAAAGCUCGAAACGAAGUAUAUAAUAAGCCCAGAUAUAUCCUCCGUUUUCCAGAAACAUGUGGGGUGCGCUUUUAAUCACCCCAACUUUGUUCAACGCUCACGUGCUGCAGAUACAUAUGUGCAAGUAUUCUAGAGUAUGGGGUCUACCACCUCUGCUAUGGAUUUCGACAAGAUCAAUUAUGCUAUUGGACGGAUUUUCAAACAGUAUGAAUACUUUGGCGAGUGCAUAGUGAGUACUCCGUACAGGGGCACUGCACCCAAGCACCACAAUAUCCGUUAAGCUAGCAACCGUACAACGUGAUUGCUCCAAUAUGAACACGCUAGAACACGCACCAAUUGCUAUCCAUACAAACCACGGCAUCUUGUAUCCCCAGACUAUCUCUGCGGUGAUCCUCGGCAGUGUUUACAUUUGGACCGAGCUGUACUCCGUAUGGAGUACUCCGUACGACCUGGUACAUGCAGUCGAGUCUUGGAUAUUCCAGUUCGAGUGCGUGACAUGGACAGAGACUCGAAGCACCUUUUAUAUCCUUCUCGUCGACGAAACAUGGAAUUCAUGGCCGCUCUUGUGCGGAAUCUGUCCGUCCUCUUCCGUCCACGAGAUUCCCACUAUGCCUCCGAAACGACCGAAAUGGCCAUUAGACUCGAUCAUAUGCAGGAAUGCCUUGCGCUCUGUCCUGUACUCUGCCGUCAUUGCCCAAUUGUCCGGCUGUAUUGAAACCCCGUCUGCCUGUCAUUCGGAAUAUCACCUCCGACCGCUCAGCAUAGAUACAUUCAUGACGGCUCAACGUGAUCGAUCUCCGGAGUUGGUUGUGGGGUAAAAUCGAGCAGAACUCCGGAAGGCUGAAAGAACACCUCUUUACGGAGCAUCUUGCCUCUUUUCUCGUCCCCCGGCUCUCCGUACACAGCGUGGGCGAAAGGCGGAACUCGGCUAGACAUAGUUCGGCAGCUUGUUCGGGAGAUUCCCCUCAUGAUUUGACCGACAAAGAUGGAAGCGCCUCAUUGCCACCCCCAGACUUGGACGGUCUUGUCCAGCUGGGGAAGACCUUGUGCCAGAUUUCCAGUCGACCAAGCGCCGAAAUCUCCUUCCGAGUCGACUGUUUUCUCGGGCUGAUGCUCGGGUUGACUGUGGUCGCCCCCA